AUAUUCUUUUUGAAUAAAAAUAUUUUGGGUGCUCCGAACGCUAUAUAAAUAGAGGACUUCGUGUUGAUUGCAGCUGAUGAAUGAAUGAAUUAAUGCAGCUAUGAACAAACGGAAUAGAUUUUUCACCAUUGCAGCAGGACAAUUUGAAUCCCUCUUACGAAAAUAUUCAGCAUCGAAUUCUCUCUCCGAAACCAAAAAACUGCACGCUUUAAUCAUCACUUCUGGCUUACUCUCUUCGUCCCAGCUCUGCUCCAACCUCGCCACAACCUACGCGCAGUGCCACCAUGUUUCCUACGCCUCCCAACUGUUCGACAAAUUGCCCAAACCAAGUUUGUUCUCCUGGAACACCAUGAUGAGGAUGUAUGUUCAAAUGGGUCGUCCCAAUGAUGCUCUCAACAUGUUUGUUGAAAUGAUUCAUUCGGGUUGGUCGUUGCCGGAUAACUUCACAUACCCGAUUGUUAUCAAGGCUUGUAGUGAGUUGUUGUUUUUUGAUAUGGGGGUUGGAGUUCAUGGGCAGACUCUCAAGUUUGGUUUUGAUAGGGAUGCAUUUGUUCAAAACUCUUUGUUGGCAAUGUAUAUGGUUGCUGGAGAGAAAGAUGCUGCGAAGUUGGUUUUUGAUUUGAUGCUUAAACCAACCGUGGUUUCUUGGAAUAGUUUGAUUAAUGGAUACUUUCGAAAUGACUGCGCAGAGGAGGCGUUGAGGGUUUAUAGUAGAAUGAUGGAUGAGGGUGUAGAGCCUGAUUGUGCAAGUUUGGUUUCGGUUUUGCCGGCUUGUGGAGUUUUGAAGAAUGUGGAGGUUGGGAGAGAGGUUCAUGCGUUGGCUCUUGAGAAAGGGUUUUGGGGGAAUGUGGUUGUUAGGAAUGCGUUGUUGGAUAUGUAUGUUAAGUGUGGUCAGAUGAAGGAAGCGCGGCUGUUGUUGAAUGGGAUGAAUGAGAAGGAUGUGGUGACUUGGACGACUUUGAUUAAUGGAUAUGUUGUGAACGGUGAUGCGAAAAAUGCUCUAAUGUUGUGUCGAAUGAUGCAGUCGGAAGGAGUGAAACCGAAUUUGGUUAGUGUAACUUCUCUGCUAUCGGCUUGUGGUGAUUUGGUUUCUUUGAAACAUGGGAAAUGCCUACAUGCAUGGGCGAUAAGGCAAAAUCUUGAGUCUGAGGUUGUUGUGGAAACUGCCUUAAUUGAUAUGUAUGCCAAAUGCAAUGAUAGUAGCCUCAGUUAUAAAGUGUUUAUGAAAACCUCUAAGAAAAGAACUGCCCCGUGGAAUGCAGUACUAUCUGGGUUCGUACAUAACAAGCUUGCUAGAAACGCAGUACAACUCUUUAAACAAAUGUUGGCGGAAAAUGUACGGCCUGACAGUCCAACCUUAAAUAGUCUUCUUCCUGCAUAUGCUAUUCUUGCUGAUCUCAAACAGGCAAUUAACAUACAUUGUUACCUUAUAAGAUUGGGAUUUCUUUGCAAACUUGAAGUAGCUAGUAUGCUAGUUGAUAUAUACUCAAAGUGCGGAUGUUUAGGAUAUGCUCACCAAGUUUUUGAUAUAAUUCAUCCCAAAGACAAGGAUAUUAUUAUUUGGAGUGCAAUAAUUGCUGCUUAUGGAAAGCACGGGCACGGUGAAAUGGCUGUCUCGCUUUUCUAUCAAAUGGUCCAAUCUGGAGAGAAACCAAAUGAAGUGACUUUCACGUCUGUUCUACAUGCUUGCAGCCAUGCAGGUUUGGUUGAUGAGGGUUUGUCUCUGUUCAAUCUUAUGCUUAAAAAAUACCAAGUUAUUCCUCGUGUUGAUCAUUAUACAUGCAUUGUUGAUCUUCUUGGCCGUGCUGGUCGAUUGAAUGAUGCUUACAAUCUUAUUAUAACAAUGCCUAUAACACACAACCAUGCUAUAUGGGGUGCACUACUUGGUGCUUGUGUGAUACAUGAAAAUGUUGAACUGGGAGAGAUAGCUGCUAGGUGGACUUUUGAGCUUGAACCUGAAAACACUGGAAAUUAUGUUCUGUUAGCAAAACUUUAUGCUGCUGUAGGAAGGUGGAGAGAUGCAGAAAUGGUUAGAGAUAUGGUAAAUGAGGUUGGAUUGCGAAAACUACCUGCUCACAGCUCAGUUGAGGUUAGCAAUAUGUGAAUUGGACGAGUUCUUAUAAAGUAUGUUGUCAGGCUAACAACCUUAGCCACAAACAUGAAAUUCUAUCCAAAUGGGUUAACUAAGGAAUUACAUUAUUUAUGAUGGAGAUAGUGGCACCUAACAUAAAUAAUACUUGGCAGCAUAGAGUUCAAAGGGGAAGAAUUGGGAUACAAUUAUUACAAAUGCACUUUGUUACUACUGGUGCUUUUCCCACACAUUCAUGAUCUUACAAGUUUCUCAGUUGCUAAUGCCUGUUUGCAGUUUAACCCGAGACAGUUUCCUAAGUUAUUCAUAUUGUUCCUUUGCUAAGGUUGUCAAGUCAUUGUGCGCUCCAUAGUCCUGCCACGACAAUCACUUUCUCCCUCAUUCUCUUUAUGAGUAGUUGGAUUUUGUUGCUUACAUCCAGUUGGUUUACAGAAUCACAGAACAAGAUAUAGGAAUCUCACGAUCCUUGUCAUUGGUUGGUUUCUAUGGAACUCAUAAUGAUUCUGUUACAAUGACAAGUGUGUUCUAUUGCCAGAUAUCCGGAAAUUACAUAUUAAUGCUUUCAAACGGCAAGAUGCACAUACUUAUGCCUCAUGCUGAUACUGCAGUAUGAAAUAUCAUUGAAAUUUCCGUAUGUAGGAUAUGUUGAUUUGGAUGAAAUCCCAUGUUCAUAGUUUCGAAAUGUUCAAUGCUAUUGUAGAAUUGAUUCUUUACAAGCUCUGCGCCAAAUUGUGAAAGGAGUUGAGCAAAUGUGUCUAUCGGGUUAUGAUCUUUGAUGUUCGUCUAAUCCUACAUUAUACUUAGCUCCAACUUGUGAUCUGCUCCAUGCUCUCCUGCUAGACCUCACAUGUAUCAUGUAGUUCAAGUUGCCUUCACUUGUUGUACAAAAAGAUAAAUAUGGUUAUCUCUUUACUGCAAAAGCAACUAAUUUUUAUACAUGGGAGUGAAGACUAUACCAACGCCAGACUUCACAAGAUCAAUAUCUAAAUUCGCAUGCAUUGAACCCUUCUACCAAGUAGACCAGAGCAUGGAUUUCUGAAAUACUACAUUUUGACGACAGUAUUAACGAUGAAAUGUUGACAUGAAUGGUGUAAGCGAGAGGAAAACUUCUAAGUAUUACUAUAUGAGUUGGAUCCAAUCUAGAAGGCAUACUUCCUUAGAACACGUCUACUACACCUUUCUGUAACUUUUCUUUAUUGCACAAAAAUGGCAUCAUACUCAGUUAUUUACACACCGCUACAAGGACAAGAGCAUUGCAGAUAAGAGCGGAAUAUAUUGCCUGAUAAGUUGGACAUUCUUGAAGUGCAAAUGACUGUUGUUGAUUCUCAAAUUUUCCAUCCAGUAUAAUUUGAUUUUUAUACCUGUAGUCAUGCUGGCAUCCAGAUAGAAAGUGUUUUUCUCCCUCCAUUAACAGUAUUUCUGAUUAUGAACGAGGACCAGGUAUGGGUUAAAAAGGAUCGAGUGUGGAAAGUGAAAACAAACAUGGUAUAGUUAGAGGAAAAGUGACCAUAAGAACAGAAAUCAUAGCCUUCUCUCAUAUAUACAGCAGACAAUAACAAUGGUAUUUUGCUCAGAUACUGAGACAGGAAAAUGGAUUAUAGGGACGAAUCCUAUGAAAUUCAAGUCUCGAGACUAGGGAUUUUAAUGAUUUAGAAUAAAAUCCAAUAUAAUAGAGAGAGUAUAGUAUUGAAAGAUAAUUUAUAGAAAAAGGAAAUAUUUAUUCCAUUCACAUGUAAUAUUAUAUACAGGCGAGUUGUUAACAAA